AUAUAAUGAAGAACAAAAGUUUUUUAGCAAUUUUUUUCAAUAAUUAUAAAGUACAAAAAUAUUUAAAAUUAUGAGCUUACAAAAGAAAAGGAGUGCAAAUUGGACACCAGAAGAAAAAGCAAUAUUACGCGAAAUUAUUUCAGCAUCGGCGCAUAUAAUAGAGGACAAAUCAACAAAAACGUCGGCAAAUAUUUUAAAGUCCAAAGAGUGGAAAAAAAUAACAAAUAAAUUCAAUGAAAUUACUGGUAACAGUAGAUUGGACAAAGAAUUAAAAAUGGCCUGGAAAAGAUUAAAAUUAUCGGCUAAAGCUAACAUAUCCAGCUUCAAGCGACAGCAGUCACAAACUGGUGGUGGAGAAAAGCCACAGUCACCAUCCCAAGAAGACUUGGAUAUUAUGGCCAUUGCACCACUAGACUUUGUGGUGGAAAUAAACACCUAUGACAGUGAUGCUGUGACUGCCAUGGAGGACAAUCAAAUUCAGCAGGAUGAAGUCAGUGGUCAUAGUUCAAAUCAUAUUGAUUUGACCUCAGACACUGAGCCAAUACUCAAAACUGUGGAAGAACAAGCAAUAGUUGAACCAUUACAAAAUAAUAAAGAAAAUAAAAGGGAGCGUGCAAUGAAAUCAAAGAAGGAGGUGCAAAAGAAAGAUGACAUGAGAGAAUCUAUUGUACAAAACAAUAUAGCAUUUAAAAGAAGAAAUUUGGAAAUGUUAGAAGUUGAACAUGCAUAUAAUAUUAGAAUAUUGAAGUUAAAAAUAAAAAAAUUAGAAUUAGAAAUAGAUUUAUUAAAAUCUAAAAAUCAUCAUACAAUAUAAA